AUGUCUGCACAGUCAAGCCAAGCUGUUGCCCAAGCCUACUUAGAAGCCUGCGCGACGCUCGAGAUUAUGAACUGGAUAUUCUUUCUCGCUGAAUUCCUCCAGAGCUCACUUUUUUCUGCCCUGCGUGUCUUCAUAAUAUGGGAUCGCAGCUAUAUCUGGUCGUUGGUGGUGUUCGCAUUGAGUAUGAUACCAUUUGCGACAAACCUACAUAACGCCGUGGAGUCGAAGUACUCAUUCGGCAUAGAACCGUAUGUCGGAGCGACAUGCAUCGAAGAACCUCUGUUCUCCGCGCGAACAGACCGCAUUGCUAAGCCUUCGCAAUACAGAAUCGGGUACAGCACGCGUAGCUCACUCAUCCUCGCCGACGCCAUUGUGCUCGUCCUGACGUGGAUUAAGACAUUUGACAGCUGGAAGAAUGCCCGACGCGCAGACGUCAGGGCUUCAUUGACGACGUGCCUGCUGCGUGACGGAACUAUUUAUUUUGUGCUUCUGGUAGCAAUAAAUGUAGCACAAAUGGCGACUGAUAAUGCCUCUGGAGAGGUAUCACUCGUGGGCGUGCUGAUGACGACCCUACCUUCGGUGCUCAUUAACCGCUUCAUGAUCAAUCUGCGGACGGCCGGCUCGGAAGUAUCGAAUUACUCUACGCACAUGAGCGAGCAGCAGCAGCAAGGACAGUCGACAGCGCAGUUCAGAAGGCCGACAGAUUGGUUGGGCAAUGUUGGGGAAACGCUGGAGGAUGCUUGGAGCGAAGAGCCCUGUGAUGAAGAGAACGGUGCCGUAGGGGUAGACGAGGGAGAACAUCGUGACGCCAGUGCUGAAGCAUGA